GAGACGCGAUAACAAAGGAAUAGAAAAAGGCCUUUUUGCAAGUUGAACUCUGUUGUCAUCUCAUCAGUGUUGUGAAAACAUUUCGGAAACCAUUGACUUAUUUUCUUCUUUCUCAAUUUAUUUCGGAAUUCGUUCAUUCUCUCUCGUGACAUCGUCCUUUCCUUUGAUUGUUCUCGACAAGCUGUUGUAUAACUACAAUCUCUCCGUCGGCACAAGGAACGGAAUAAGAAUCUAAAGACCUACGGAUUUUACUGUGGCAUUGAUGUGUUUGAUUGAGUAAAAUGUUUGAUUGCAGUUACAAGUCACAGUACUUGGGAGGGCAGAGAGAGAAGUUUGUCAGGCUCGAUGACUUGGACUCUAGGUUAUCAUCACCUUCUGAUAGUGGGGCAAGAAGAUGUGGAUUUAAUAUUGAGGGACUAAGCCGAACUGGUCCUGCAAGGGAUACAUCUUUUAAGAGAGGAAUGAGAAAGGGGUCUGAAGGACUUAAGUCGAUCGGUCGAUCACUUGGAUUUGGGAUUUCUCGUGCAGUGUUCCCUGAAGAUCUUAAAGGGUCAGACAAGAAGAUAUUUGAUCCUCAGGACAAAUUUCUCCUGUUGUGGAAUAGACUUUUCGUCAUAUCAUGUAUUCUGGCAGUGUCUGUGGACCCUCUGUUUUUCUAUCUUCCAGUCAUCAAUAAUUCAUCAAGUUGUCUUGGUAUAGAUCGAAGGUUGGCUAUCAUAGCGACCACAUUGCGGAUGAUUGUUGAUGCUUUCUAUCUUAUUCACAUGGCUCUCCAGUUUAGGACAGCUUACAUUGCUCCAUCAUCUCGGGUUUUUGGACGAGGUGAACUGGUGAUUGAUCCGGCACGAAUAGCCAAGCGAUACUUACGGAGUUAUUUCAUUAUUGAUUUUCUUGCUGUGCUACCCCUACCACAGAUUAUAGUUUGGAGGUUUCUUCAGAGGUCCAAAGGUUCAGAUGUGCUUGCUACAAAACAGGCUUUGCUUUUCAUAGUUUUGCUUCAGUAUAUUCCCAGACUUGUUCGAGUCCUACCUUUGACUUCAGAACUGCAAAGAACAGCUGGCGUCUUUGCUGAAACUGCUUGGGCAGGUGCUGCAUGUUACUUGCUAUUAUACAUGCUUGCUAGUCAUAUAGUUGGGGCAUUUUGGUAUUUAUUAGCUUUAGAACGUAAUGAUACAUGCUGGCAGAAGGCUUGUACUGAUAUUGGAAAACAAUGUAAUAAAAAUUUCUUGUACUGCGGGAACCCAAACAUAUUAGAUCCUGGGAUUUGGUCCAAUGUUACUGGAAACAUCAAGUCAAAUUGCUCAACAGAUGACUCAAAUACCUACUUCGAUUUUGGAAUCUACAAAUCAGCUUUAUCAUCUGGUGUUGUUUCAUCCAAUAAGUUCCUCCCCAAAUACUGUUACUGCUUAUGGUGGGGACUACAGAAUUUAAGUACACUUGGCCAGGGGCUUGCAACCAGUACCUAUCCUGGAGAGGUUAUAUUUUCCAUAUCACUAGCUAUAUUCGGACUGAUCCUCUUUGCACUUCUGAUAGGAAACAUGCAGACCUACCUUCAAUCUCUUACUAUUCGACUUGAGGAGAUGAGGGUCAAAAGACGCGAUUCAGAGCAGUGGAUGCAUCACCGCUUGCUCCCACAAGACCUAAGGGAACGUGUUAGGCGAUAUGAUCAAUAUAAGUGGUUGGAAACUCGUGGGGUGGACGAGCAGAGUUUGGUUCAGAGUCUACCAAAGGAUCUUAGGAGAGAUAUUAAACGGCACCUCUGUUUGGCGUUAGUGAGGAGGGUUCCUCUGUUUGAGAAUAUGGAUGAGAGGUUGCUUGAUGCUAUUUGUGAGAGACUGAAACCAAGUUUAUUCACAGAGAGUACUUACAUAGUUCGGGAAGGAGAUCCAGUUGACGAGAUGCUUUUCAUCAUUCGUGGUCGCCUGGAGAGUGUAACAACAGAUGGGGGUAGGAGUGGGUUUUUUAACCGCAGUUUACUGAAAGAAGGUGAUUUCUGUGGGGAGGAGCUUCUAACUUGGGCGCUGGAUCCAAAAUCUGGUUCUAACCUACCAUCAUCUACUAGGACGGUAAGGGCUUUGACAGAGGUUGAGGCUUUUGCCCUUGUGGCUGAAGAGUUGAAAUUUGUUGCCAGUCAGUUUAGGCGCCUUCACAGUAGGCAGGUUCAGCACACCUUCCGUUUCUACUCGCAGCAGUGGCGGACAUGGGCUGCUUGCUUUAUUCAAGCAGCAUGGCGUCGUUAUUCCAAGAGGAAAAACAUGGAGCUUCGCCGGAAGGAAGAGGAAGGAGAAACAGAAGCGUUUGGAGGUGUACGAAGCAAUGCUGGAGGUUCAUAUAGUAUUGGUGCCACGUUUUUAGCUUCCAGGUUUGCUGCCAAUGCACUUCGUGGUGUUCACCGAAAUAGGAAUGCAAAGAGUGCUCGAGAAUUGGUCAAAUUACAAAAGCCUCCAGAACCUGAUUUUAGUGCUGAAAGUGCUGAUUGAUUUGUAAUAUAUCAUGACUCGUUCAGCUGAUUAGUUUCUAUUUUCUAGGUGGUCAGAAACAAUGUAUUAUACACAAAUUCCAG